AUGCCUGUCAAGUGGGGAACAAAUUUCAAAAAGGUCAUUAGUGUCGGUGUAGGAACGGUGUGCAGGCCAACGGGCCUGGUUUAGUACGAACUGGAGAAAGCCAUUUGAGAUUUGUCACCCUGCAGGACAGUCGCACACUGCUGCCUUGACGUCACCAUCACCAUCAUGAAUGUAGAGUUGAUAGAUGCUCCAGAAAACAGCGCUGAGGGCAUUAUCACCAUCAUCAAGAGGCUGAACAAGCUCCUAGUUCCACAGACAGGAGGGGAGGACUCCACGGCGGUGGAACGGAUUGUACUCGGGGGAGAUGUGUUGACCAACGAGAGGGCAUUUUCCGGACAAGCUGCAUUGAUGAAUGCUGACAACGAGAAGGAUUCCUGUGCUGGAAUAAUUCAUAGACCGGAAGGACUUCACCGCCUAAUGAACUUUCUGAUGGGUAUCUACCAGGAGUUCUACAAAGAACCAGUAACAGGGGACCGAGCACUGCCGUACUCACUGAGGAACAUUGUCAACAGACGAGACGUGGAAGGGCCCAAGUCAGUCGCAAAAGCUUACAGAUCACACCUGGCUUUUGUGGUGGACUGUGUGGAUGCCUACACCGUAGCAAUGGCAUGUCAGCACUUUGGCCUUUCCAGCAUUGAUGGCAAGCCAACAGCCAACACACCUCCAGUACUGCACGGCACUGACAAGUCCGGGAAGUGCCUGUGGCUCCUUCAACAAGCGAAGACAAUAAGAAAACAACUAUUGUCACCAGGUGAUCAUGAAAAAGCAAUGGACAUUGACCACAUGACUCAGCAAGUUGCAGCCUUGGACAACAGACAGCAGAUGCUACAAACAGUGCAACAGGAAGAUGGCAAGUACAAGUGCCCCCACUGUGGGAAGGAGUACGUUCGAGAGAAAAAUUUCACAAAACACCAAGAGAAGGUUCACUCCAUAGACCUACAUGUGGACACAGUGCCUGCUGAGGGUCAGGAACAUCUACAGUACACCUCUCGUCUCCUCUCAUCAUUCCCUAACCUUGGGGUGGGGGACAGGGCGAGGAAAUGCCUCAAUUCGGCCGUGGACAGCCGAGUCGGAAACCCCGACAACCCGUCAUCCAGCCAGAGAGGUGGAGCCACCAGCGCUAAAACACAACGUGUUCUGAUCAUGAGUCCCGACCACGAUUUUGCUGAAGGCGUGCAACACCUGAACUGA